GAAUAAUUUGAUGCUUUCUGUUUUUAAUGUUUCACCUGAAUUUGACUUACCGUAGUUGUGGGAUGUGGAGAACCAGAAGUGUCUACGCAGCAUGGCCAGCCACACUGCCAGAGUUGCCAGCCUGAGUUGGAAGGAUUAUAUUCUCUCCAGAGGCUCCAGAUCGGGUCACAUCCACCACCAUGUGAGGGUAGCCGACCACUUCACCCUGUCUGGGCACUCUCAGGAUGUGUGUGGGCUGAAGUGGUCCCCUGACGGAAGAUACCUGGCCUCUGGAGGCAAUGACAACCUGGUGUAUGUGUGGUCAGGUGUGCAGGAUGGUAGUGGCCAAGGCAGCAGUUCUGUGCACUGCUUCAGUGAGCACCAAGGAGCAGUCAAGGCUUUGACCUGGUGCCCAUGGGAACACAACAUUCUUGCUUCUGGAGGUGGCACCAGAGACUGCUGCAUCUGGAACGUCAACUGUGGCUCCUGCAUCAAUGGUCUGGACACUCAGUCUCAGGUAACUGCACCCACCUUUAACUCUAACAAAAUGUACCUUGUCAUUACCUCCAGGGCCUUGCUCAGUCAUAGCAGCAUGUGUAUUUGAAUACCAGCCAUUUUUUAAGUUUUUAUUUUCGUAACUGCUAUGCCGUAUGAUCUGAAGUUAACUCGUUUUCUAAUUUGCCUUACAGAUCUCCUCUUUGAUGUUUGCGCCAAACUACAAGGAAUUGGUCUCCAGCCUCGGAUAUUCCCACAACAACGUAGUCAUCUGGUAGUACCCCUCCUUGACUGAAGUGGCAGAGCUCAAUGGUAAGUGUCAAAUCUAAUUUUUUUGGUCACAGGCAGUUCUGGCAAUGCUUGUCUGAAACUGCUAUUCAUUCACUAUGUGUAAACUUAACGGCUCUGUGCAGUUGUCAUUAAUGUCAGUUGACAAAGAGCAUUGUCUGAUGCUGUAAGUCGUAGUCCAUCAUACUUCUCAAAUUCUCCAACUAUCAACCCAUUCAAAUUGAGGACUCGUACCAGAGCUGCAUUGGUUGGGAAUUGUGAGGAAUUCUAUGUUUGGGCUGUGUCUCUUGCAGAUGGUCUCGGAGCACACAUUUCAAACUAACCUUGGAUUUAUUCAGGUGUCGAAAGUUUGUUUAAAAAUGUUUUCAUUCACCCCAGGUCAUGAGGACAGACUGCUCGACUAUUGCCACUGUAGCUGGUGAUGAAAUUGUCCGGUUCUGGAAGAGCUUUGUGCUGGAUCCAGUCAAAAAGAAGGCAAAUGAGAUGAAGUCCACUUGCAGCAUUAUACACACAGCUAUCCGAUAAUGGACUUCUGUAUUGUUUUAAGUUAUGAUCGCCUCGGAAUUGUGUACUUUUUUUAAUUGAAAUAUUUUCUUGCCUUUGAAUAUUUUGCUGCCACUUGAUAAUGAUUAACUCGUUAUUGCAAAUACUGUUAGGGCACUCAAUGUUAUUUGUAACCUUUUAACUAGGCAAGUCAGUUGAGUUCAAAACCCUUUUCAUUAUUUUCUAGAGUGCAUAAUAUUGGGCAUGUUGCUGACUCAGCACAGUUCCUAGAACAUCUCCAAUAGCUACUGCAGACAAAUUUGGGUAUGAGUAAUGUUCAUUGUCAAAAAAUGAAUGCAAUUUACCAGACAUCCACUUUGAUUACCCUAUGCUGGAAAGCAACGGGUGAGGCCUGGCCUGGAGGACCCUUAUCAAGAAUGCUGCUGUCUUGUGCCUCAAAGUAAUGACUGGGUUGGUCAGUGACAACCACCACCUCUUUGAAAGUAACUGUAUUUACAAGUGUGUUCCAGUCAAACCAGAAGAGUCCAUUUCAAGCCUGGGUUUGAGGUAUUAGUGCCGUACAGUUAACCACUACCCACAAUUUUAAAAGUGUGGCAAGUAGGGAUUAACUGCCAAGUCCAUAAUGCCAUUCAUAUUCCAUGAACUGCAGAUAAAUAUAAAGUGUUCAGUAGCUAAGAGUAUACUUUUUUGGAAUCUUUGGCAUUUCAGGCUCCUUCAGACAGUUGUCCCCCCCCCCCCUUCCAAAAGGACUAGACUUCCUUCACUUUGCCUAUUUGGUUAUGGCCGUUGACACGAUGUGCUGUCCCGUUGCUAUUCUCCAGCGGCUUGCUGUUGAUGACCACUGUAACGUCGCCGUUAAUAACGGCAUUCUGCUUUAGCUUCUCCAUAGUUGCCGUAGGCAGCCGUUUCCCCUUCACGUAGGCCUGAAUCCAGAAGUUGGAGAAUAGUAGGAAGAAGAAGGUGCCGUACAUCCAGAUCAGGUGAAUGAACAUGGGCACCUGAAAGUCACACUUCUCCAUGAAGUAGUACUGAGAGAUGUGAAGUGAGAUCAGCACAAACUGGAUCUAUAGAAGGAAGAACAUUUUGAUGAAGUUUGCACAGGAGUCACCAAUUCACAGCUAUCCACAAAUGCUCCCCUUUAACAUACUUUCUUCCAAUAGUACAUCAUUAAGAAAUAACACCCACCAGCUGGAUUGCGGUCAUGUACUUCUUCCACCAGAGGUAUUUUUGGAAGCGAGGUCCGGCAGCGGACAGGCCGUAGUAGGUGUACAUGAUGACGUGGACACAGCAGUUGACCAUGGCAUGGAACGAGCUCAUUCCCCCUGCUGGAGGUUCAAAGACAGUAUUAAAACAAACAUAAUCUGAGAGUAAUUCUUAAAUCACAGGGGGAUAACAAAAUAAAUAUGUUACUAAAUAGA